AUGGCCAGCUCCUGCGGUCUGCUGCUCCUGCUUGCAGCCGGGGGCUUCGUGUCAAUCUCCGAUGGACGUUUUGUUGACGAAGAAUGCGCCGAGUUCCAUUUCCACGGCUGGAACGGCUGGCGCGUGGUGGACGCGGCCUUGAAUCAGCCCGCUUCUCUCACCCGGCGCUUCAAGGACGCGCAGGAGGCUGGGCUGAACGUGCUGCGGUUCUUCCUGGGCGACGACGAGCGCAGCCCCGUGCUGCAAACCGCGCCAGGCGUGUUUGAUGAGCGCGUGGCUCAGGCUGUGGACUUUGUGUUGGCAGAGUCGGCCGCUCACAGCAUCAAGCUCACCCCGGUGCUCCUCAACCUUUGGAAGCGGAACAACGGCGUGCCACAGUUUGAGGAGUGGUGCGGCACCGCCUCCACCAGCCGCCAGCCCCGCCCCGGCGGCGGCUCGCUGGAUGCCCAGGAACGCCUGCAGACGCCCUACGAUUGGCUCGUCAGCCCCAAGUGCCGCGACCAGGUUAAGAAGUAUUUCACCACCCUCGUGAACCGCCGCAACACCAUCACCGGGGUGCUGUACAAAGACGACCCCACAAUCAUGAGCUGGAACCUGUUGAACGAGCCGCGGUGCCGCAGCUGCGGCCCGGAGGCCGUGGAUUCGUGGAUUGGGGAGAUGGCGGGGCACCUCAAGAGCGUGGACCCCAACCACCUGAUCACCACUGGCGCCGAGGGCUUCUUCGAUGAGAGCGAUCCCAUGGCGCGCUACAACCCGCAAGACCGCUCCCUGUGGGCCAGCCGCACCGGGCAGCACUUCAGGGCCAACCAUGCCCACGCCGCCAUCAGCUACGCCACGGUCCACACCUGGCCAGACAACUGGCGCAACCCGCCAUUCCCCACUUCCUGGGGGAGGCAGUGGCUCGAUGCGCACAGCCAGGUGUUCAAACCGAAGAUAGUUCGAGUCUGGCUGUGA